AUGCCAUCGGCUGUCUCGCACUCACUCCUUUCCACACCUCUCUCACGCCUCGCCCUUUUCUUCAUUAAUCACAUCCCCUCUCACAGGGAUGCCACAAGGGCAUUUGUCUCGGGCAACUUCUCAGGUGACGGCUUAACGGACGACCUGACAGGGCUGUCAGGAGAGCAGUGCAUUGGCAUUGCAGACUGGCGCGACUUUUACUUCAAGACCUACAUCCACGUGGGGAAGCUGGUGGGUCGAUUUUACGACGAGCAGGGGAAGGCGAAGGAUGUUCUGGGCGAGUUUGACGAGCUGCUCAAGGAGGGCAAGCGGCAGAGAGACGUGGCCACGGCUGGGAGAGUGCAAUACUACUGGGGCGGUUUUAAGACGAGCAGGGGAAGGCGAAGGAUGCUCUGGGCGAGUUUGACGAGCUGCUCAAAGGAGGGCAAGCGGCUGAGAGACGUAUCCAAGGCAGCGGAGAAGAAAUAUUCCGGGUGCAAGCUCCUUCCCAGCUCCUCCCUCCCCACGCAUCUCUCCCCACGCCCUUUUCAACACUCAUCGUUUGAGGCGUCUCAGUGGCCAAGGGGGUGGAGAAGAAGUACCCCGGGUGCGCAAGGUGGGGAAGAAGUACCCCGGGCGCAACCCGUGAUGGGCGCAGAACGAGGGCGGCAAGGUAACGUGUCCCCCUCCCUGCUCUUUUCCAAGUCCUCCCUCCGCUGCGCAUCUCUCUCCAACCCCCAUUCCCCACUCAUGGUUCUGCGUUCCUGCCUUGUUCCCCACUGCUCUUCCCUUGCUCAAUACCUCCCUGUUCCUCCCUCCUCGUUGCUCCUUUCUCUCACAAGGCUGAUGCGGUGGAGACGAGGUACCCUGGAUGCAUUCUUUCAUUCUUAG